AUGAAUGAAUCUCCCACAUCGGCCAGUAUGCAUAUGUGGGCCUUUCUGGUGCCAGCUAUUGUUGUCCUCAUUGGCCUAGGUAAGAUCAACAGGCAAUAUGGUAUCAUUAAACCCCUGGCUGUGAUUGGCGGCAUUGCGGUGUUGCUGGUGCUAACCCUGCUAAAGGGCACCUCUUCAUUGGGCCAAACUAUAGGCUAUUGUAUUUUGCCAGGUAUUGCCUUUGCUGCUGUUAAGCAGUCCGCUAUGUUGAGUGCUCAAGUGCAAAUCGAAAAGAACGAUCCCAAUUUUCGCCAGAAGUUCAUCGAAGUGACUGCCCUCAACACUUUCGCCAAAGCUAUUGGCAUUUCAUUUGGUGGUAUCAUGGCCACCAUGAUCUUCACCACAUCCGUGAAAAACCAAUUAGUUAACGUGGACUUCGCGGUCCCUACGUUCACCAAUAUUGAACAGUUGAUCGCAUACCACGCCAAACACUUUGAUGGUGGAAGUUCACCGCUCGCCAAAGUCUUCACCAAAGCUGUUCAAAACGUUUUUUUCGCGGCUCUUGGAUGUUCUGCUUUGGCUUUUGUCUUUUCCAUUUUCAUGUCCAACAAGCGAUUAUUUGUGGGUCCCAAACCUAAUAAUCCUACUGACAUUGAGCAAGAGACAAUCGUCGUCAACAAAUCGCAUGCUGAGGCUGAAAAGAGCCAUGAUGAAGACUCGACAAAAAAUUAUGUGGCCUCCAUAGCUCCCGAUUCUGCCGCCACAUAA